UGGGGCAUGGAGUAACGUCAUGACGGAAAGCGACGUUCGAAGACGUCGGCGACUGACCGUCUUGCUCACACAAGCUAUGGAUGUUCUCGCCUCUUUGGCUUAUCCCAUAAUAUGUCUCUCAUACAGUCAGUUCUGCUGUACCCCUUACCCCGGCUCCUGUAGCAUUCCUUGUGCAUAGAUGCAAAUGCCUGGAGAGCGAGAGUCAGCUUAUGGGAUGUAUGACGUCACCAAUAACCCCUUCUGCCUCGAGGCAUUCACUUUCACUUAUGUAGCUUAUGUAGUGAUUCGAAGUCCCAAGUCCCAGUGGCCAUGUCAGCCAUAACCCUCCCAGACACAUCCUCCGUCCCCGUCCAUUCCCUCGACACGCUGCAGCAAGACGCUCUGCUGCCCAUCUGCAAGGCAUGUGGCACCCAAUAUUCCAAGCCUCGCCCCGACUGUGUGUUGACCUUUCUCAUGACCUCUGACAUGUCGAGGGCUGAAAGUCCUGUGACUUACAGGCCCUAUAUGUGAAGACCCUCGGCAGUAUGUUCCUGUUACAGGUCAAGAGUGGACUUCCCUUGCAGAGCUGGGCUCUGGCAGGAAGCACAUCCUCCAGCCGGACGAGGAAGACGCUCGCAUCAAUCACAUCAUGACCGAGCCUGGGUUCGCCAUCAACCAGACACCCUUCUUGAUACAGACUGCCGAAGGAUCUUACAUCUGGGACUGUGCUGCCUUCUUGUCCGUGGGAUUGAUCGGUCAUCUGACAGCGCUGGAGAAGCCUCUGAAAGCCAUGGCGAUAUCACAUCCUCAUUUUUUUGCUACUUCUCUGACCUGGGCAAGAGCACUCAAGAUACCUCUCUACAUUUGUGCGUCCGACCAGACAUGGUUUGCGAGAGCAGAAGACUUGGAAGAUGGUGAUGAUGUGAGAUUUUGGUUGGGCGAAGAAGUGCUUGGGCCAGGUGUCAAGCUUGUCCAGUGUGGAGGCCACUUCCCCGGAUCCUGCGUACUUCACUGGGAUCGCCUCCUCGAGCCACCUCCUCCCGCAGACAACCUGCCCACCAACCCGACGCCCGUCUCUGGCAUCAUAUUUGUCUCUGACACGCUCAUGAUCCGUCCUGCCCAAACUCACUUUUCCUUCCUCUGGUCCAUUCCCAACUCUAUUCCCCUCCGCCCGCAGUACGUCCUCGGCAUUCAAAAGGCGCUGGAGGGGGUGAAUUUCACGCAGGCGACUUGUGCGUGGAGGAAUUUGUGGAUUCGAGAUGGGGCGAAGAAGGCUUUGGGAGAGAGUGCGGUGGAGUAUAUCGCAGGGGAGGGGUGGAGGGUGGAGAAUGGUAAACUGGUGCCGCUUCUGACUCAAUAAAGGGUACAAUGUGAUCCCUGAGGGCAGUCUUUGUUAAGUCGGGUAACAUGACUAUGACGGAUUGUGAGAAUACUCACUGUAUAUGAUGAGCAACGAAACCAAAUGAUUGGAUGGGAUAUUGAUAUUCAAUUUCUUUUUUUACUCAGAACUAUAAAGUGUGACGUCGGGUAGCUAUGAUUUGAUUCAUGACAUUUUUGGAUUAUACUGAACUCACCCCCAAGCCACGCCGAUAGUUGUAGGGGGGUUUUAAAAUGAUCAGUCAACGUAUAUGCAAAGCGUG